UCAGUCCGACCUUGUCUGGCUCACAGUCCCGCGCAUGGUUGUGCGUAAACGCUGCAGACAGACUUUGCGGCGUUUAAAGCCCCCUCGGGCGCGUAAAACUCUGGCCUUCAUUCAUGGUUUUUUUUCAUUAUUAUUUGCAACACAUCCACGUCUGGGUAAUGUGCACAGGAAUAGAUCAACACUAUUCCAACCCUCUUCCGCAUAUUGGAUUUCUAUGCAAAGAGAAGGUCGCCUAUGUGCCUCCAAGGAUUCGGGAAAAGAAGACUGCUGCUUACACGGACUCAGUAUUUUUUUGACUUUUGAAACGUUUUCUGUGCAGUUUUGAUCAAGGAAUUUCUUCAAUUCUCGAAGCACUAUUUGCUCCCUGCCUAGGAUUGCUCCUUGCAUUGCUUAUAUUUGAAUAUAACCGAGUUCUGGAUAAGGCUGUGCAGAGCAGUGUACAGUGCACCCAUUCGAGCAUAAUGUAUUUUAUUUAGGACACCCUCUGUGUAUUUGAAGUGCCAAAUUAAGCCGGAAUGGCGGGCGACUGUAAUCGCAAUAUUGUGGAAAAGUAUAUCCGCCAUAAACUCUCCAAACGGGGCUACGUGUGGGGAUUCGAUGAUGUCCGGGAUGAAGACGCUGCUAAUAAUGGGUCAGUAGUAGCCCCUCCGGCGACCUCGGUCCGCCGGUGCCGCGAAGCCAGCACCGGGCCCGCCGGCGAGAGUAUCCCCAACCUCUGCAGACGGCUCCCCCAGUCCGACCCGCACAUCGCCAUCCACAGAGUCCUGCGCGAGGCUGGAGAUGAACUUGAAAAACUGUACCAGCCGGACUUUACGGAGAUGUCGCGGCAGCUGUAUCUCACCUCGACCACGGCGCAGAGAAGAUUUGCCGAGGUGAUAGACGAACUGUUCCGGGACGGGGUAAACUGGGGCCGGAUCAUCGCUUUCUUCGAGUUCGGGGGCACGGUGUGCGUGGAGUGCGCGGCCGAAGACGAGAUGACAUCGCAGGUGGACAACAUCGCGGAGUGGAUGACGGAGUAUUUAAAUGGACCUCUUAACAGCUGGAUAAAGGACAACGGGGGAUGGGAUGCCUUUGUGGAGCUGUAUGACAGACAGCGGGAGUCCAUCUUCAGUUGCUCCUGGCCCUCCAUCAAGACAGUCUUUGGUCUGGCAGCACUCGGGGCAGCUAGCCUGACCAUCGGAGCAUACCUUACACAGAAGUGAACGAGUCCUACAUUCUACCAGCUCGACUUUAUUUCUCAACAUCCUCCUCCUUUUCCUUGUGCCUCUCCUCUUUCUUUUCAAAGAUACUCCUGACCCCUCAGAGACCACCUUCAGACUCUUCCGAAUCUGGCUCUCUUCAAAGCCUUCUCUCGGAAAACUCCCUCUUCCUCGCCCCUCCGUGUCAAAGCAGACAUAAAUCAAAACAACUGAAAGAACCGAGUGCACAGCCCGUACAGAGCAAAGGAAGCCUUGAAAAGAGGCAGCUUAGACGUAAUCACACUAAGCUGACAAGAACUGUGGAGGAAGGAGGGAUCAGUGGUAUGCAUCUUUCUUUUUUCUUGUUUGUUUGUUCUGCCUGCUUCCGUACUAGUUAUAGCAUGAGCGUUGAGUGUUAGUGUAGACGUUGCAUGUGUCAGAGCCCGUGCGAGACCUCUAUUUGAAGGCCUUGAUGAUGUGGGUGUAGGGACGAUGAAGAUGAUGGUGAUGACGCCCCCACGCCGCAGAGAAAGCGGCCGCAGCCCCGCCCCUGCUUGUUAGGGUGAAGAACCCCGUUUGAACUGCAGUUACCCCCCCUGCAGCCUUCCUUCAAAGGACUUCCUCCACAGAACAGCUGCUCGGAAUGUAUAAUGGAAACGGCUUGCUAGAACCAGCGUGGUGUGUGUCUGCUGCUCUCACUCCUCAGACAGCUCCCAUGAACUCUGAACCCACCGCACCAUUAUACUUUCCACGGCCUUUAAUAGAGGACGUGAAAGACUGAGCUCAGCUUUUGGAAGUUUUUCAAAGCUCCUUGAUUGCGAUUUUUAAGUUGAUUUUAAUUUUUGCAACAUGCUAAGCCGCAGCAGAGAAAGAGGGAUUCUUUUUAAGGAGUGAAAAAUGUACUGAACAAGCCUGCCGUUGCAGAAAAAUGUCAUACGCUGAUGAAUAUACUGCGAGAAAUGAUGAGCACAGCUCAAAGGAAGGAGGUAGAAGUAAAAUGAAGAUUGAUUUGAACAUUGAACAUUGAUUGGAACAUUGAUUGAUCAAAGAUUUUAAGAGUGCUUUCCUCAAACUAAGCGACGUAAUUGAGACCACUCCUCUGCUUAAUUGUUCUCCCUCAAAAAGUCAAGAACGCCUUUACUGUUAGCGCUGAGCAAGCCUAAAAGCUAUCAGUUCUUUUUCUAUUUUCUACCUCCGUUUUCCUGCUCCUCACCCAGUCCAUUCAGGCUCAACCAGGUUUCAGGGCUGACCCCGUCAACAUGUGUCCCCCAGCUGCUGAGGCCCCACAGCAACUCUGUUGUGCCAGAAUCCACUCUGACAAAGACGGUUGUUGACGUGGACGGAGAAAAACUUUGCUCGGCCACAGGCUAAAACCAGUGGCCCCUGUGUGCCGGAACCUGAGAUGUCCCUUCUGUCCAGUCUGCAAAUGCGUUCAGUCAUCGAUUUGUUCCUUUCAGCCUGUUUUUAAUUGAUGUUUGUCUUGUGUUACAGCCUGAUAGAAAAUUUGGAAAGGCUCACACAGGCUCCAGAAUAUUUUAAUGUAUACAGUGCUUGGCAAGUUGGUCAUGGAAAAGUGAUUUUAUUUCUCUUGUAUUUUCAAAAUCUUCAACUUCUUUGUUGCAUGGAUGAAAGAUAGCCUACAGUCCUCACACAAUAAAUAUUAUGUGUAACCAUAUUUAUAAUAGGUUAGAAGAUAACAAAUAACAAAGAAGUUGCAUUUUCUAUUUAUUGAGAGGUACCAGAUCACAGAUUUUUAACAGUUCUUUGAUGAAAAAUCAGUUGUUUUCACUUUUUUUUCUAUUCUAUGGAAUCACACUGUAACCACAUUAUUUCCUGGCUGCUAAUAUAACAAGAAAACUGUUUAAAAAGUGAAUUUCUGUGUUGUAUUAAUAUUGGCUUAAGGCUGCUAUACUGUCGAUUUAACUUUUUACUUACAGCUUAAACUGCCACAAUUUACAAACAGUAUAGUUCUAGAGAGCUGGAAACCAAAGUUAACAUGUAUUAAUCUUCAAUUUAAAAAAACAAAACAAACAAAACCAAAAAAACCAAAAAAAUAAAACUAAAAGUAGCUUAAUGAGAAUACAUGUCGCUUCACUUCGCUGAGAGUUUGUUCAGUGAGGUUUUCUGAUCUCUCUGUGGAGGGUUUGUCUAGUGUUACUGUGCUAUAUCAGCUUAACUUUUGUCAACUUUAUGCUCCGAUGAUAACUAAGUGCUUAUCUGUAAAAUGUUGACCUGCCAGACCUAAACCUUGUCUCAGUUAUCACUAAAAAACAAACAAACAAACAAACAAACAAAAAAAAAAAAAACAAAAAACAAAAAAACCCCACACCAUUCUCAUUACAGCAGGUCAGGGUGUGUGAUAUUCCAGUGAUGUGGAUGUGAGAGAGGAACAGAGGAGGAUUCAUGAGCAGAAAUAGGAACAGUUUAAAAGCAAUAUACUGUAAUUUUGAUAUUAUCUGUGCAUAUAUGAAUGUAGGCACGAGGGUUGCUGUACUGUUUUAUGUCCAUAAUCGCAAACCUGUAGCACUUAAAAAAAAAAAAGAAAAAAAAAAAGUGAAUUGUGUUUCUGUUGUUUACUGCUAUUAUCCACGAUAAGCUAGCGGGAUCAUAUUGUUCCUAAUAAACCAG